AUGGCUGUCGAACUGAAAAUUGGCCACUUACCACGCAGACAGCGUAAGGAAUGGUUCGACGAAGAGUGCACUCGUGCACUAUCCGAGAAGAAUGCAUUCUUGCACGAAGAUGCACGCGCCCUCAAGCUUCGGCAUGAAAUCCGUCAGAACGUGGAAAACAACAAACGACUGAGGAGACAGCAGACCCUGCUCUUCCAGGACCAGAUGCGCCGCUUUGAAGAGUCAGAUGAAAAGCUGCUGGAGCAGAAAGAGCUACUCUAUGCGCUGCUGCUUCUGAGCGUGUACGUCAAGAUCAGCCACCAAAAAACGUCCCCAUGUCCGGCCGUGUUUUCGUACGACGAGCGGGAUGAUUCGUACGACACUUGGUUCGGUACGCUGCGGCUGAAGAGCAAUGUGCCCCUGUACGGGAUCUUUGUGGACAUUAUCUUUUCCUCGCCCGUGCUUUCGUUUGGGACAUUCCUGCGACAGCACAACACAGACGAUAAUGUUCACUUCCACAUUAUGGAUAAAUCGUACCGGGUGCGGGCAGGUGAGGUGGUGAUCGUGAAAUUCUUCGUACGUUACGCACCGGACCGACCGGUUCCCUUGCUGCGUCAGAUCCGGUUCAAUGGACAAAAUAUUUGUACCGAAACGCGUCAAAUUCCGGCACAAUCAAGCGGUACGCGGGCUACCGGAACAAACUAUGGCAAUCCGCACAUAGCAUCGUCUAGCGAAACUGAAGACAUCAUUGCCGAUGUCUACACACCCGUAGUACAACCGAUCAAUUCCCACGUAACGCAUCCUCCCGUAGAAUCCCACGUACAGCCACUAUAUUCCUCUAGCUCCGCGAGCUCUUCGCGCAGCAGUAGUUCGGUGGCGACCAGAGCUACCGAUGAGAAGAUUUCUUACACCUCAUCACCACGUGCUAGCGAUGUGUAUCCACCGAGAUUCAGCACCGAUGACCAGGUGGAACACUCGUCGCAUUCGAACGGAAGGGUGAACGAAAAGGAUGAUCAAGACGCUGAUCGUCAUAGAGUUGCAAACAGACGCAUAACUACGACAACCUACCGAGCGAUCGCCGAGGAGCGUAAAUGGGAUGUUCAACCAACGCAACGAUCGCAGUCAUCCGACGCUUCAAGAUCACCGAAUCGUGUCUCAAGCGUUCCACUAAUUGCGGACAAAGGUUUCACCACGCUAGCUCCAAUCUCAGGCACAACGGCUGCUCCGGUCAGUAAUCAGCAGCGCGAUCGCGAUCAGUACUUUGCCGGAGAUUAUGCAUUCCUCCAACAGGACAGCUCUCCGAAAUCACCCCAACCUCACUAUAUCAACAAAUACGAGGGAGACAUCUGUGGUACGGUUGUGCCGAAGGCGAAUCCACUAGUAACGCACGGUACAGUUUCGGAGAGAGGGCAGUUCCCCUGGCACGGUGCACUGUACCGCAGUACGGUAACGGAGCUAAAGUAUCUCUGUGGCGCAACGUUAAUAUCGCGCCGGGCAAGCAUCACGGCGGCGCACUGUGUGACACUGGAAAAAAGCACGAAACCGGUCGAUGCGGGCAGUUUGUUGCUGUACUUUGGUAAGAUUGAUUUGGGCAAAUGGAACGGGCCGGAAGAGGAUGCCCAGAUCCGUGCCAUUCAUAUACCGGCCCAGUAUCAGCACGAACGGUUCUUCAACGAUAUUGCUGUGCUGGUACUGAAGGAGGACGUAAAGUAUAGCAACUUUGUGCGGCCCGUCUGUCUGUGGAAUUUCGACGACGAUUACAAGACGCUGAUCAACAAGAUUGGGCUGGUGCCGGGCUGGGGUUACAAUGAGCAUGGUUUGGUGAGUUCGCGGCUCUCCUUCGCCCAGAUGCCGGUGGUGGCACAUGAAACGUGUAUCUGGUCGAACCGGGACUUCUUCAGCAAGGUUACCUCGGACACAUCGUUCUGUGCCGGGUUUAAGAAUGGGACGUCGGUGUGCAACGGUGACAGCGGCGGUGGAAUGGUGUUCAAGCACAACAACCUGUGGUACCUGCGGGGUAUAGUGUCGGUGAGUGCGGCACUGCAGGAUCGAUUCCACUGCGAUUCGAAGCACUACGUCGUGUUUACGGAUGCGGCCAAGUUUACCUCCUGGAUAAGAAGUCUUAUGUAG